AUUAUUCAAGAUGGCGCUGUCCAUGUGAUGGUGACAGUAACACGCGCCCUAAGAAAAAAAUGGCCAAAAAAUCAGUCUUAUCAGGAUCGUAAGAGUGACAGCAAUUAAAAAUAAAAACAAUAAUGAAUGCCAUUCAAAAGAGAACAUUUCGCUUUCUUGUAGAUAGGUUUAAGCUUCAGGAAUCGCUGUGUUCUAGAUUGUGGUGGGCCCACGUCUUCUCGUCGCAUGCGUACGGACAGGACGGACUGCAACGAGUACCCGGCAACAACGAGCCGUGCAGUAAACGGUCCACUCACUCGUGGUCGAGACACCGGUAUGGGAUUGUACCUCAUAGCUCACCGAAUCGUUUGUAUCCGUCCCUCACUUGUCCACUCAGGAGACAUACUAGUAGGCAUUACUCUGACUCGGACAGUAAUACUAAUAAUGGAAAUGGUGAGAAGAAUAUUUCCACGCUGUUCAUCCCGGUACCCGUCAAAACGACGUUCAACCCCGAUGAUAUCAACAUUGGGGAGGAGUUGGGGGCCAGUCUUAAGGACAAGAAAGCUGAGCUGUUGAAGGUCUUGAAUUCAUUCUACAGAAGGAAAGAAAUACAGAGAUUGGCUGCAGAAAAUGGAUUGGAUGAGCUGCUAUUCCACCAGGCGUUUGUGAGCUUCCGCAAAUACAUUGUAGAAGUGGAGAGUCUGGAGCCAGACUUGCACAUCAUACUGAGUGACAUCUUGGUCGGGGCCGGACACGUGGACGAUAUUUUCCCGUACUUCAUGCGUCACGCCAGACAGGUCUUCCCAGCGCUGGACUGCAUGGACGACCUGCGGAAGAUCAGCGACCUGACUGACCCUGCCCAAUGGUAUCCAGAUGCAAGAGCCGUCAAGCGGAAAAUAAUCUUCCAUGCCGGCCCGACCAACAGCGGGAAAACUUACCAUGCGCUGGAGCGGUUCUGCACUGCCAAGUCUGGUGUGUACUGUGGACCCUUGAAACUACUCGCAAACGAGGUUCACAUGAAGACCAAUGAUAAGGGCAUCAUGUGUGAUCUUGUGACCGGGGAGGAGAGACGUUACGCCAACCCAGAGGGGAUCCCAGCCAGUCACGUUGCUUGUACCGUAGAGAUGACCAACGUCAAUCAACCAUAUGAAGUGGCAAUUAUUGACGAGAUUCAGAUGUUGAGAGAUCCAAGUCGUGGCUGGGCCUGGACUAGAGCCUUCUUAGGAGUGGCCGCGGAGGAAAUCCAUCUAUGCGGUGAGGAGGCCGCUGUGAAGCUGGUCCAACAGCUGGCAGAAUCCACUGGUGAUGAGAUGGAGGUCAGACGCUACAAACGCCUGACUUCACUCAAGAUACUGGACGAGCCAUUAGGAUGUCUUGAGAAUGUUCGGCCUGGCGACUGCAUAGUAGCCUUCAAUAAAAACGACCUGUAUUCAAUAAGCCGUCAGUUGGAAGCCAUGGGGAAAGAAUGUGCUGUUAUAUACGGUAGUCUGCCGCCCGGCACCAAACUAGGUCAAGCUAGAAAGUUCAAUGACCCUGAUGACCCCUGCAAGAUCAUGGUAGCCACCGAUGCUAUAGGCAUGGGACUGAAUUUGAGCAUCAAACGGGUCAUAUUUAACUCGCUGAUUCGACCAAUCAUCAACGAGAAAGGCGAGAAGGAGAUGGACAGACUCUCCACAUCUCAGGCGCUGCAGAUUGCAGGUCGGGCUGGGCGGUUUGGGACCCAGUUUGAGGAAGGCGAGGUGACCACGUUCCUGGCCAGCGACUUGCCCAUGCUCAAGGAGAUCCUGGCCUGCUCGGUGGACAAUAUCGAGGCUGGCGGACUGCAUCCCACGGCGGAGCAGAUUGAGCUCUUCGCUUACCAUCUCCCUGAAGCUACCCUGUCUAACCUCAUAGAUAUCUUUGUCAAUCUGUCCAAAGUGGACAACAACUACUUUGUUUGCAAUGUGGACGACUUCAAGUUUCUGGCGGACAUGAUCCAGCACAUUCCGCUUCACCUGAGGGCCCGGUACGUCUUCUGCUGUGCACCCAUCAACAAGAAGCAUCCCUUCAUCUGUACCAUGUUCCUAAAGUUUGCCAGGCAGUACAGUCGCAAUGAGCCCAUGACGUACGACUGGUUCUGUAGGCAGAUCGGCUGGCCGCUCUCUGUACCCAAGAACAUCCGAGACUUGAUGCAUCUAGAGGCAGUGCAUGACGUCAUGGAUCUGUAUCUCUGGAUGAGUUACCGAUUUAUGGACAUGUUCCCGGACACGGCCAUCGUUCACGGCAUACAGCGGGAACUGGACGACAUCAUACAGGAAGGUGUGGUCAACAUAACCAAGCUGAUCCGAGCCACUGAGAGUCGGUCGCCCAAUGGCGUGGCGUCGCUGCCGGACGACGAGAUAGAGAGAAAGAAACGCACGGGCAAGUCUGCAGACUUGAAGAACAAAAGCAAAAGCAAGGCAUCUGGCACAAGGAACCAAGCCCAAUCCGAUGGAAGUUCCGACGAGGAGACAAACGGCGACAAACUUGACCAGGGGAAACUCGGCUCAGUGUCAGGACGACUGAGCAAAGAACUCAUCAAGCAAGGACUGCUGUCGGAAGACGUGCUAGAUCAGUUGCACAGAGAGUGGAGGAGCUCUGGCAUGGGCGGAGUCAAGGGGAAUAAAGGAGGAGGGGGAGGCAGGAAGAAAAAGAAGAAAAAAUGAAAAUGAGACUUCAUACAGUUGGAACUAUGAGUUAGCGACUAAUCAUGUGCCAUAAGAAUUAAAGGCAAAGAAAUUACACCCAACCAACUCCCUUUGUGCCUGUCAAUCAAAGUGCGCAUUGACCAGUCAGUUCAUGGCUUUUGGUCAUGUGACCACAUUAGCGAUGUCAAACUCAGUCACAAGCUCUCUGACAUUAUGUGCACAAACCAAAGGUGGGUGUGGCUUAAUAGCAAAAUUGGAAGGGUCCAUGCAAGGCCAUUGUCAUAUCAAGUUUUGAACACUGUUGACAUGUUAAGUUUGCAAGAAUAACUGUGACAUCAUUUUUAUAAUACGUCAUCCAAAUGCUGUCUGAAACAUCAUUUGCAUCACAAAAGUGCGGGUCAUGGCACAGAAUGCGAACGUGCAGGGCGCCCUCGGGACAGUGUUUUCAAGUCUUGCAUGAAAGUUAACAGUAAUCGAAGGUUAGAAUGUGACGAUUUUAAAUUUUUAGAGAAGUUGCAUUUUUUGUUAUAUUAAGCGAAUUUGCACGAUACAACCAAACAAUUGUUGACUGCUGAGAUGUUGACCUUUUUUUUUUUACACUCUGUGGAGGACACAUGGCACCCUUGGUUUCGUCUGGGGUGAACACGCAAUCUCUAUAAUCCUAAACCAUCUCCCUGUGUUAGCACUUUCCCAAUUUUUGUUGAAGUCUACAAUCCAGUAGGGCUAGUAUGGACAAAUCCAUACACACUGUGUGGUAAUGUUGUGCAUCGGGUCGGGUUGACCAUGCAAAACCAACCCGAAUCAUUACCGAUAUAAACCGAAUCAGAACCGAUCUAAACUCCCCUAAUCCGACCUGAAACCAAACCAAACAAACCCGAAUUCAUGGCUUGAGCAACUCUGUUCGUUUUUUGUGCCUGAACUUGCCCGCAUCGCGUGAAGUCGUCGUCUCUCAGUAAAGAAUCAUAGCGUACAAUACGGUGAACGUUACAUACUGAUGGGCCUACAUGUAGUAGAGAGACUGUGCGUAAUAGACCACAAGCACAUUCAUGCGUUGAGUUUACAGUUGUACCAGGGUUAAACUCUGCAAUAAUAAUUAUUGUGUGAAAGUCCAACUGUUUCGUUUUUCUUGGGUUUAUUUGGGGGUUUUAACAAGAUGGCUUAGCCGACCUGACCCAAACAUCACAAAUGCAAAGCCUAAACCGACCCGGUUUUACCUUCGGGUCGGGUUUGCUCAACAUUACUGUGGAGCUAGGGAUCACAAGUUGCAAAGCUUGCAAAACUACGCAUUGCUGCAAAUCCGGAAAGUGUCAAUUGACGGUCACUCUAAGGGGAUACAGCUUUUUGUAUCAGUCUGUUAUUAAUUCAGUAAACCGCAAAGGGAAGGCUCAGUUAUAAAGGUGUACCAGGCCAGUCUGCUCUGAUGAGUUGAAAGACAAUAGAAUCACAAGAACAUUUGAAAAGCUGAUGUUACUUUAUUUUAAAAUCAAAAAUGUACUGAUACAUGGCGAUUGUAUAAUUAAAAACAUGAUCAAAAACAGCUGUCGUCUCAAUUUGUUUGGAUUUUUUAGUACUUAAUAUUAAAACAGUUCAUGACUAUCGUGUAUUAAAAAGCCUUUUCUAUAAUGUCCGGAAAGGCCGCAUAAUUUGGCAAAUCAACAAAGAACUUUUAAUUCUUAACAAAAAAUUUUGAAUCUUGCCAACAGAAAAAUACAAGCAUUGUAGUACUAAAAAUAAAAACUAACUUUAUAUCAUUAUCACACAUUUUGUUAAAAGCAAUAUUAUUUAUGAUUUUUCUUCAAUGAUUAGUCCACGACAGAUCAUUCUUAGGUGGCACAUGUACCCAAUACCCCCACCAAAACCCCCCGAAACAAUUCCUUAAAUAACU